AUGAAGCGACCCGGUACUUUUGCUAUUUUCUUGAGUAUAUCCGUCGGUAGCUAUGCCUAUGUGCUGGACGGGUCGUGUGGUCCAUAUAGAGAUAUCGUGAUAAAGGGAAUGAAAAGCGCAUUUGAUAUGAGUUCAGCAGCUUCAUUUAUAUUGGGAACUGUUCCAGAGCAAACUUCUUUUACAGGUACUGGAGCACGUUGGGAGGCGCAAAGAGACUUAAUUUCCUAUUUGUACUCCGAGAUAUUAACCGAUGGCGCAAUGAAUCCGUACGGCACAAAGUGGGAAGCGGUUAAAAAGAAUUUUGAUGAUAUCCAAAGUUUGUACAAAACCAACGGAGAUCAGCCAGACACUCCUCCGGCUAAUAAUGCCUAUGUAAAUCUUAACCCCGGCAAGGUAGUUGUAUAUUGCGACUACUCGCGUUUCGACGGCUGGAUGGACAAAGAUUGUGCUGGUAACACCAAAAAAGGAUAUGUCUGUGAUCCUAACCUCAAAAUUCACGGACCUGUCGGCGACAUAUGGACGGGUUGCAAGAACACUGGCACUCUUUUGGGUAAUAGUGGCCUUACGGGAGCGGUAGUCCAAGCUUGGACUUCCGAUUACUCUACCUAUAAUCGUGCCUCUGUGAUUCAGCUAUGUGCUGGACUAUUGGCUAAAGAAUCAAAAGUUUAUUCUCAAGCUUUGACCGACCAGAGCAAAAAGCCUAGUUUGGCUCGAGCCUGGGGUGGGUUAAAAAAGAGUCUCAAGGAAGCAGGUGAUUUUUUGGACGAUCCACUGCGAACCCCCAUGGAUGCUAAGUAUUCAUUUGAUAGCACCCUACUUCACGAAAUGUCCCAUGCGCUCCCUAGACGCGGAAUCGUGGAGUCCGGCGAUAAAGGUGGCUCUUACGGUUGGAAAAACUGCGUCAAGCUGAGUGCGACUGAAGCCCGUAUAAAUGCCGACUCGUAUGCUUAUUUUGGGCUCGGCGCAAGAAUGAUCUAUCCGAACAUCGAUGGCGUGACAGCCCAGCGGCCCAUGCAUGACGGAUCGAUUCAAGUUCUCCCCAUUCCUGGCAGAAAACGAGAUGAUUCUCCUCUUCAUCCUCUGAAACCUCGAUAUCCUAGUCCAGAACUCACCUUGACGAUAGACAACAGUCGCGUCGUGUUAAACGCUUCCAAUACCGCAGGCUUCAAUGUUUCCGUACCCUCGCAGAGUCCAGUGACGGUCUCACCCGGCAAAGAAUAUACAAUUGGUCCUGAUACAAUUCUCCUGCAAGGCUCUGCUUUGGUCGAAGACGGAAAAACGGCUUUACUCCCAGUUAACUCGGCGUCGACAAUUAGCGCUGCUAGCAGUAGCAGCCAACAAGCUCAUUCGUAUUCUAUCACAGGAGCUUCUACAUUUAGCACGUCGACUCGUUUUCAGAACUCAUCCUCACUUUCUCGAAGCAGCUCGACAGCAAUCUCAAAUUCUACCGGGGGACCGUUUUCAAAUUCAGGCACUGGAUUCUCCAGGAGUUCGACGUCAGGACCUGUGGGUAUUCCUACUGGUGGUCCAUAUUCGAAUUCAAGCACUGGGGUGUCUCAAAGUUCUACAUCAGGGUCUUCGUCAUCAAAAACUUCGUCAUCAGCUAGUCGUCCAUCGUCAGGUUCCUCGAGUUCCUCCCUCCUUCAAUCUAAUAGCAGUAGCAAAGCCUUGAUUGGAUCAAAAACUUCUAGCUCGGCAUCGAAAGGUUCAUCAUCGCAAAGCUCGCCAAGCUCAUCAACCCAAAGCUCAUCGAGCUCCACGCGUACCACACCUGGAAGUCAAUCCACAACGUCGUCUCAGACAUCGCAAGCUGUGAGCGGCUCGUGGUCUGAUACCCAGACAAGUAGUGCAUCCCUUUUUUUCUUGAACAUCCCGACACAGACAAUAACUAGUGGUCCACAACAAACGAGCGAUGGGGCGUUGCUAGGAGCUCUAUUCAUCGGCCUCCACACUAACCGACAAUGGCUCACAAACCAUGAUCUGAAAUCAAAGUUCAUUGAUGAUGUCUCUAAAGUAAAAGACCAAACGGAAGGCCUGCUAAAAAACCUCCCUGUAAAGGUGCCAGACAUUUCCGAUUGUCAUAACACGAAGCGGAAGAGAAGCACGCGGGCACGUAUUUCUGAGCGGCGAUUGAGACAAUUUCUUGAGCGGGGUAUCAUAGGCGCCAUCAUAGGCGGAGCUGAGGAUGCUGCAAAGGCCGUCGGCGCUAUUGCGGCUGACAUUGCUUGUGCGACUGAUGUCCUCUCGAGCAUAACCGGUGCUAUCAAUCCUCCCCCCGGUACCGAUAUCGACCUGGGUAAGGUAGAAGACUUGACGGAUACUCUCGCAAAGCUUGGCGAGGACCUGCAAGACGAAAAAGACGACAACAAUUCUUCCUCUGAUGAAAACAAAUCAACCAGCACGAACGAGAAAUCAUCGUCCCGGCAAAGCUCUACUAGCGAAUCAAAGUCUUCAUCACGAUCAUCGACCAGCUCCAGCAGCUCUUGCUCAAGUAUUACAACAUCGGCAUGCGACACGUCGUUUUCAAUAUUCACUCCGGCUGGGGCCACUACAGCGAGUACUUCAACGGUCACACUUUCAUGUUCAACAGCGACUGCUUGCUCGGCUUCACUUACAGGCUCAGCAACAACGGCCACAGGUGACUGGUCUGCUAACUCCACAACAACUGACGUUUCAAGUGGAACAAGUACUGUGAGUCCGCCGUCAGCAUUCGCGAGUACCACCGCUCCGCCGAAGACCAGCCAGUCCUCGGGGAAUAGCACUAUUAGCUUGUCGGCAACAUCAAUCUCAAGUAGUAGCUCCGCGGUCAGUAGUACACACUCGGUAUCAACGACAAACUCGGUCUCUCGAAGCAGCUCGACAUCGAGCAGCCCAAAAUCGAGCUCAACUUCUCCACCCAUAACCUCCUGUACUCUCUCCAGCGUAGCUGCUCUCAGCACAGCUUACCCAGCCUAUACAAUCGACUACCCAGCAACGAUAGCAUGCGACUUCAACGAUGGCUGGACAGCGGGUGUAGCAAAUACCGUUGGCUCUGACGGCGCUACCACCUACUACUGCGAAGUUGGCACAACGCACAUCGAGGUCAGCACCGCAGCCAAACCUAAACCAUCAUCUACAUCGACAUCGCCUGGAUUUACAGCUACUCCCUCAACUACGCUAGGAGCUCUCACUUGUUACGGGGAUGGAGUCAAUGCGGUCGUUGGUCCGAACUUCGCAUUCCCAGAUAACCUCGGUCAAACAUCCAUCAACUAUCUUUGCGGGUCAGAUGGCCCCAAAUACGAGUCGAACCCCAAAUACUCCGACGGCUGGCCCGACUCACCGGGCUAUGCCGGCGAUUGGUUCUUCUUCGAUGGCACGACUGAGGCCUUCUGCGGCUCGACGCCUUAUGACGAGACAGAUAACGGCUGGUGGUCAAGGGACGCAAAAUGUAAGGGAGGUGACAAAAGUCAACUUAAAAUCUGGGUUGAUGUAGCAUUCUCCGCCGACCAAACGGGAUGCUCGCCGGAAAAGACGUGGCACAUUCCAAAAGACCAGUCGUGCAAAGAUAUUUAUAACACGAUUCUAGGCUGCAAGAGCCCUAUUCUGAAACCGGAUGCUACGUAUGGGGGUGUUCUGAAACAGAACACGCCGAAUGGAUGUGUGGAUUGGCGAAUUUGGAGUACCAAUGGGGACAAUAUGGGGCCAUCUUAA